AUGGUACACAGUUGGAUCGCCGCUCCCCCGCAGCCCGGCGGUAUCCAGCGUUGGAUCUACGAAACUCCUGUCCGUUGGCAAGUGCAGCGCGCGACCCGUGGCGAUAUCCACGCUCUCGCUCCACUCGACAACAAAUUCGCGUUUGCAGGCAUUGGGGCCUCGGCGCUGACCGGAGAAAUUGUUCUCGCCGACGAAACGCGCAUGGCCUACGAGCGAACACUGUUCGAUGGCGAUCGUGGCCCUCGUUCGCAAAUCCUUGACCUGGCCGCGAUGCCAGACGGGCUCUACUCGCUCGAUUCGGAAGGAAACAUUCUUUAUUGGUCGGCGGAUCCCGAGACCGGCAAGUGGGGAUUCGUGCGUGGCUCGAACUUGAAUGCCACGCUGAAAGCCGAUCCCGCCCUACUUCGUCCCUGGCUGCUGCGCGGAACGCGGAUCGCCUCGAACCGAUCCGAUACGCUCCUGUUCCCCAUCCCAGUGCGCAUGGAACAAGGCAUCCCCUAUUGGCGGAUCGGAACGUGGAAAGCUGGCGGUGAGAACGCCGAAUUACUCGCCGCGAUUCCUCAUCAAUUCCCCGGCGGGAUCGGAGCGAUGGCCAGUAGCGAUAACGGAAUGCGUGUCGCGGCCGCCGACAUCAGCGACUCCGGCGUGCUGGUCCUAGCCGAUCGGCAAAAUGCAAACGCCUCGCAAUCGAUCGCGACCGGGGCGAAUGUCCGGAGCGUAGCAAUGCCAUCAAGUGGCAACCGCGUUGCCGCGAUCGUCGCGAAGUCGCCGCGUGGUCCAUUCGAAUUGCGCCUUUGGGAUUGGCCGGCUGGACAACCUCCCACAGCAAUGCCGUCGGUCCCUCUUGCGGCAGUCGCCACCGAUUGUGCCUUCCGCGGCGAUGGAAAGUUUUUGGCAGUCACCCAGGACAACUCCGUGAUUGUCUAUCCCUGGGAUAACUUCGAUCGCCCUGCCCGGUUAGCCACACCGAUUGUUGCGCCCGCGAAAGUUGGCUUCACGCUCGACCCCGACUAUCGCAUUGUGAUCGAACCUCCUGCCGGCGGCGAAGAGCCCCCCAAAGCAAUUCAGUUUGAAACGGCCCAGCGUCGCUAUACGGAAGUGCAACCGCCACCGCCGAUGGUCCCUUCCAACCCUUGGCAAGGCCCCUGGAAGCUGACGCAAAAAGCUGUCGAUCGUGGGACACGUUUGGUUUACGAGAUCGUUCAGAACGACGAUACCUACUGCCAGAUUCCAGCGUCCAUACUUGGUACAUCGCGCAUCACGUCAGUUUGCUGGCUGGCGAUCGGUGAGCAAAACCAAGCCCCGACUCAUGUUGUCGUAGGUACACUCGGUCGAAACCAUGCCUACCUGCUCGAUAUCACGAACCCACAGAACGUUCGUGUCGUGCGCGAGUUUCGUGGGCAUUCAUCGGCAAUUCGCAGUGUUGGCGUUUCGGUCGACUAUCGAUAUUUGGUUACCGGAAGCGACGACGGCCUGGUCAAUAUUUGGAAGCUGACCGAAAACCCGAUCGCUUCGCCUUCGCAGAACCGCUGGGGGGCGAACUUCGAGAUCGUCGAGGGACGCGUGGUCGUGCGCGAUGUCGUUCCCGACGGCCCGCUUUAUUAUCGCGGCGUUCGAGAUGGUGACGUGAUCGCCGCUGUGGUCAAACGCAACGAUGCAGCCGAAGAUGCCGAUGCCGACCAGCCACCCAAGCAGAUAGUUCGCAAUGGUGCCCCCCAGAAGCCUUUCUUUCUGCAUCCGGCCUGGCAGCCGCUUGCAUCGCUGGUAACGACGACAGAUCGGGAAUGGGCGUUUUGGACGCCGUAUGGCUACUACGAUGCGUCGUUCAAUGGGCACAAGAUGUUUGGUUGGCAAAUCAACCAAGGCAUCGAUCAGGCACCAGACUUUUUCCUGGCCGCCGAGCUUCAGCAGCAGUUGGAGAAGCCACGCGUGAUGGAGCGAUUGCUGGACGCCGGUAGCCUGUCCGCCGCGAUGCAAGUCGCCAAAGCGGAGGUACCGUUCAACUUGCACAAUCGCCUGGAAGGCCUGGCGUCGCUUCGCCCACAGAUCACCAUCGACUCACCGACAAGCGACACGACACUGACCGACCGCGACGUGAUUGUCGAA